ACACACCAGGCAAAGUGCAGCUGCUACAGUGUUGGAGUGAUUGGAAAGAGCUGGGAUUGAGUUUUAUUGACGUUUCCCUGUGGAGAUACAUAAAAAUGCCGGAGAUGCCCGACACAGGAACCGCGAAUAUCGACAAACAGGAAGUGCUGGAGAUUGCAGAGCGUUUGCAGGAAAAACUAAAAGCCAGAGGACAGUUUGUCCACAAUGAUACAUUGCAACUCCUACGUGACACUUUGACAAGUCCUCUCUUUAACCAGAUACUAACAGUACAACAGUCUAUCAAACAAUUAAAAGAGCAACUGAACCGUAUGCCAGCUGACCGCUCUGCGGAAUUCGAUUUCACAAAGAAAGGUUUAUUGGUAUUUGAAGCGGGCAACACAACGCAAUUGCCAAACAAGAACGCCUCUUUGUCCUUUGACAACUUUGUUUCGUCUAGAUUAUGUCAUGUCGGUCCUAACUCAGGAGACGAUGCAUUUAGCCAAAAACUCCAACAGAUGGCAAAGGGCAGGAAAAUUGAAUAUAUCGAUAUAGAAAAGCCUUCUGUAGGAGGCCUUGGGUUUAGUGUGGUUGCGCUAAAGAAUCCCAACGUGGGAGAGGCAGGAGUGUUUGUCAAAGAAGUUCAACAAGGAACCAUAGCAGACAGGGAUGGACGUCUUAAAGAAGGUGACCAGCUUUUAGCUAUCAAUUCCACUCUGCUGGAUAUGAACGUAUCCCACCAGGAGGCCAUUACAUUGCUUCAGCAAUCGUCCGGUUCUAUAUAUCUGGUCAUCGCUAAACAACUAGUUCCAAGUGAUGUGCAUUCACCAACUCAGUCUCUGGGCAGCUCUAUCUGCUGGGGACAUGUGGAAGAGAUUGAACUCAUUAAUGAUGGUUCUGGAUUGGGAUUUGGUAUAGUCGGAGGAAAAGCGAGCGGUGUAAUUGUCAGAACAAUUGUACCUGGGGGACUGGCUGACCGGGAUGAAAGAUUACGGACGGGGGAUUACCUCUUGCAGAUUGGAGACACCAAUGUCCAGGGCAUGACUAGUGAUCAAGUGGCUCAGGUUUUGCGAACCUGUGGGAAUUCAGUAAAGAUGGUAAUAGCUAGGAAUCCUGUUGGAAGGCCAUUGGUCAAACCCCCACCACCUCCAGCACCAGCUACCUUGCCAGUAGGUUCAGUACCACCCACGGAAUCCAAAAGUAGUAAUCUUGAAAGUGGGGAUAAUGAUACAUAUGAUAUAACUCUCACAAAAAGUGAAGGCCAAAGCUUGGGGAUAACAGUAGUUGGUUACACAGGAGCUGUAAGUGGAGGUUCUUCGGGAAUUUUUGUAAAAAGUAUUAUACCCGGUAGUGCAGCAGAACAAAAUGGUCGCAUAAAAGUUCAUGACCGGAUAGUGGCUGUCAAUGGUUUUGACAUUCAGGGAUUUUCAAAUCAGGAUGUUGUUACGGCAUUACGAAAUACUGGUCAAACUGUGCAUCUCACCCUGUCCCGAAAUAAUAUGCCUGAUGAUUCAUUCCCUCCAGACAAAUCCCCUGCAAGAGAAAUACCGGUUGUGUCAGAGUUCCCCCUGACAGCCGUGCCACCAAAGUCUGAGUCUAACAAAGUCCCCGAAGCUCGUGUGUCCGUCUCAGAGAACCAAGUGGAGGUGGAUAACCAUCAAAAUGAAAUGAGAGCAGAACCUCUUCCUCCUGAGAUCAAAGCGUUGAAGUCCAAGUGGGAGAAACGAUUGGGCCCAGAUUAUCUUGUCAUGGUUGUUGAUCUCGAUCCCAAGAUUGAGGAUGAUGCUGAAUUGCAGAAAUACUCGAAGCUACUUCCUAUCCAUACGAUGAGGCUAGGAGUUGAGCUGGACUCAUUUGAUGGCCAUCACUACAUAUCAUCCAUUGCCCCCGAGGGCCCAGUAGCCAAACUUGGGAUUUUGCAGCCGGAAGAUGAGCUUUUAGAGGUGAACAGUGUACAAUUAUAUGGCAAAUCCCGCAGGGAAGCAGUUUCGUUCCUAAAAGAAGUACCUCCUCCUUUUACACUGGUUUGCUGUCGACGCUUGGUUGAAGACGAGAAUGAAUCCUUUGACGAAACCAAGGCACCGAACAUACAAGUUGAACCGCCUGAAGACCCCAGGGAUCUAGUUUUCCAGCAGCCGCCACAGCAGCGUGCAGAUAGUGAAUAUGAAAAGGUUAUACCAGCUACAAACUUAACAACUGAAGACGAUGAUGGAGAGUUAGCCAUGUGGUCAUCGGAAGUUAAAGUUGUGACGCUGGAGAAGGACAAUAGAGGGCUUGGAUUCAGCAUUUUAGAUUAUCAGGAUCCGUUAGAUCCAGAACGAACCGUCAUUGUAAUACAGUCACUGGUAUCAGGUGGUGUGGCAGAGGAAAGUGGUCUGAUUCUGCCCGGUGAUCGUUUGGUCUUUGUAAAUGACAAUUAUAUGGAUAAUGCCUCAUUGGAUGAUGCUGUUGAUAUAUUAACAUCUGUGCCACCGGGAAAGGCUCGCCUGGGCAUUUGCAAGCCAACAGUGACUGACUUUUCAGAGGAUACGGGAAAUUUUAUUGAAACCGAAGAAGAAUCUGACGAAAUCUCAGAUGUUGUCACUGCAGAUUUAAGAGCAGAACGUUACAUUUACCAUCCGGAAUAUGAAGAGGAGGCUUACAUUGAGGAAACACAAGAGGAGCUGGUUGAUGAACCGUCAUUGGUCAUGGGGAGAGUGUUUAAUACACAGAUCACCGAAAGCCAGCUUCUACAAGACUCCUGGGAAAUGCAGGAACUUGGGAGAUUUGGGGAAGAGCGAGAGAUGCUGGUAGAUGAGGAAUAUACUGAGCCAGAAUUUGCCCAUCUUGACAGCAAUAAUUAUGUUCUGCAUUCACCGUCCAUGGGACAGGAGCCGCGAUAUAAUCAGCCAUGGGUGCACGAAACUUCCACAGAACACUUUGAUGCAGGAUUACCUUUCUUUGAGAACACCACACAAGGUAAUGCGCUUGUGGACGACGAUGAUGUAAAUGUUGACAUGGAAACAGAAGCAGAUCAAGGCCAGAUUUUCAAUCUCAAAGAACCUGGGGUUAUUUUUGAUCCAGAUGCCAUAGCACUACAAGCUGAUUUUGGAAAGGAGAAAGGUUUCUCUGGACCUCUCCAUCAACCGAUGCCAAGAACACAGUUGCCACUAUCGUCCAAAGAGAGCAGCGAAUUACCUGAACGAGAGGAAGGAGAGGGAGAAGAGACACCUACACUUAGUCACUGGGGUCCCCCACGAGCUGUCAAAAUUUGGAAAGAGCCUCAAGUUUCCCUUGGGAUCAGUAUUGUUGGUGGACAAACUGUUAUAACUCGCCUGAAGAAUGGGGAAGACCUCAAAGGGAUAUUUAUUAAGCAAGUUUUGGAUGACAGUCCUGCUGGCAGAUCGAAUGCUUUGAAAACUGGAGACAAAAUAAUAGAGGUCUCUGGUGUUGAUUUAAGGAGUGCAACACAUGACGAAGCAGUUGAAGCAAUAAAAAAAUCAGGGAAUCCAGUGGUUUUUGUCAUUCAGAGCCUACUGAGUACUCCUAGGUUGGUCUCCCUGGGAAACUCUAAGGCAUCCAAGCAAGACAAUGUAAGCACAAGCCCAGCACAAACAAGCAUGUCUCCAAUCCCUUUAAUGUCCCCUGGCGGACCACCACCUCCACCAAUGAAGCUGCCACCCCCGUAUAAAGAGCUUGCUGCCUCGAUGAAUCCUGAAAUGGAUUUAGAACUAGAGGAGAGCAAUGAGAAAAUAAGGCAGAAGUAUGCCGACCUCCCGGGUGAGCUGCACAUUAUCGAGUUAGAAAAGGAGCAGAAUGGACUGGGGCUCAGUCUGGCUGGUAACAAGGAUCGCUCACAAAUGAGCAUCUUCAUUGUGGCCAUUAACCCUGAUGGACCAGCUGGAAGGGACGGACGCAUUCAAGUGGGCGAUGAGCUCCUGGAGUUGAACAAUCAAGUCUUGUAUGGAAAAAGUCACCAGAAUGCGUCGGCAAUCAUCAAAAGUGCCCCGUCCAAAAUGAAACUGGUGUUUAUAAGGAAUAGAGAUGCCUUCCUGCAGAUGGCCAUUAAUCCGAGUCCAUUACCACCCAGCUCCCAGCUAUCUAAUCAGGAGCAAUCAGGCCUUGCGGUUUCCAGCAGAGAGGAAGAACGAUUGGGAGAUCUUAUGAAAAGCUUAACAGACUCCGAAACGAAAAUCAAAUUUAACAACCAGAUGGUGGCUGCGGCAGAGGAAAACGUGCUGGAUCAGCUUGCAAGUCAGCUGAAGCAAUCAAGAAAUAAUCCAAAUAUCCCAUACAAUCCACAGGAAGUAUAUCUGGCCCCAUCGCCUCCCUAUUUAAAAGGAGAACCAGAGACAUUCAGUCAGAGACCUGCGUCAUCUCCUAUGGUCUCCUUUGAUCCAGCCACAUGCCCAAUUAUUCCUGCACAAGAAAUGAUUAUAGAAAUCUCCAAGGGUCGCUCGGGUCUUGGUCUCAGCAUUGUGGGGGGGAAAGAUACCCCUCUUGAAGCCAUAGUAAUUCAUGAAGUUUAUGAGGAAGGAGCAGCAGCGAGAGAUGGCAGACUUUGGGCUGGCGAUCAGAUUCUUGAAGUUAAUGGCGUGGAUUUACGGAAUGCUUCUCACGAGGAAGCUAUCACUGCUCUAAGGCAAACUCCCCAGAAGGUCCAGCUGGUUGUGUACAGAGAUGAGGCUCAGUAUAAAGAUGAGGAGAACCUGGAGAUCAUAUAUGUAGAACUGCAGAAGAAACCUGGCAGGGGACUCGGGCUGAGCAUUGUGGGUAAAAGAACUGGUAGUGGAGUGUUCAUCUCCGAUAUUGUCAAAGGGGGCGCCGCGGACUAUGACAGGAGACUAAUGCAAGGGGAUCAGAUCCUGUCGGUUAACGGUGAGGAUUUGAGAAAUGCUUCUCAAGAAACUGUAGCUGCUAUUUUAAAGUGUGCUCAAGGACUUGUGUAUCUGGAGAUUGGAAGACUACGAGUCGCGUCUUGGCCGUCAUCCAGAAAGUCAUAUUCAGGCAGUGAGGUCAGCCAGAGGAGUUCUCCGACCCCCGUCUAUCCUUUACCUUCCGUUUCUUCCAGUCUACAAAAUGUUGUUUUUAAGAAACCCUCUCCAGAAUCUUCAAAUAGGAAUUCAGGUGCAGAAUUGGAGCCAAGAACUGUGGAGAUAACCAGGGGCCCAAAUGAUGCCCUUGGAAUCAGCAUAGCAGGGGGGAAAGGCAGCCCUUUGGGAGAUGUGCCCGUUUUCAUUGCUAUGAUACAAGCUAGCGGGGUAGCAGCGCGUACAAACAAGCUGAAAGUUGGGGAUCGCAUUGUGAGUAUAAACAAGCAACCCCUGGAUGGCCUUUCUCAUGCGGACAUAGUCAAUAUAUUGAAGAAUGCAUACGGAUGUAUUAUCUUGCAGGUUGUAGCUGAUACAAAUAUUAGUGCAAUCGCCAGCCACCUGGAAAACAUGUCUAUAGGUCAGAACACAGCUGCCGAACCACAUUCAGAGGAAGCAGAGUCCCCUAUACCCAAAGUGAUCCAUUUGGAGAAGGGCCAGGAUGGGCUUGGAUUUAGCAUCGUAGGGGGCUUUGGAAGUCCUCAUGGUGACCUGCCAAUUUAUGUCAAGACUAUAUUUUCAAAGGGAGCAGCCGUUGUCGAUGGGAGGCUGAAACGAGGAGACCAGAUAUUAUCAGUCAACGGAGAGAGCUUGGAAGGGGUCUCUCAUGAAGAAGCAGUGGCUAUCUUAAAACGCCAAAAGGGAAAUGUAACUCUUACUGUGCUGUCAUAACUUGUAGCUAUUCUGAGCAUUGAUUGGUGAGGACCCCACUGGUCCCUAUCGAACAGAAUGUGUGCAUACAUCAUUUAUUAUUCUAGGACAGUGAUGAGUAACCUUUUGAACUGUGGCUGCUGUGGAUUAUCUAUCUCAAGAUUCUCAGCCAGCCAUACACAACAUCCAGAGGUUGAUCAUUAUUUCAGGAAAUCUGAGUCAAAUAUGAUUAAAAACACUCUGUCCUCACUAGCCAAACAUUCAUAUGGCUUUUAAUGCUGCUUGCUUGAUUAAAUGUAAGGCACAUUGAUACAGAUAGCUACAUUAUUAUCUAUAGCCGUCAAGUCUUCCAAUGUCCACCGUGGCUAUAAGGUCACUUGUUUUGCGCGGGUUUACGAUAUAUUUUGCCCAAGCUUGCAUUUCCUAUGCUGUUUUUUGCAGAUGCUGCUGUAGAUGUAAAGAUUAUUUGUUAAUAUAUAAAAUUAAAAUGCUGCAGAGUUUAAUAUAAAAUAUUUUCUGUAAAGAUACGACGACUGUGACAGUUAUAGUAUUUAUUGAUUGAUGUCAAAAAUCUUUUUCCCUCUUCAUAACAGAGCCAAAUAUUUGAAUCCCAAUGUGACACACGACAUGCCAGAGCCAAUCAGCCAAACCCCCCAGUCAUGAAGAGGUUAAAGCAUAGCUUGCCCUGUCCUGAUCAUAUGGGAUUGUACCCUUAAGAGCAGGGCUGUGACCCGCCAGCUGUUGAACGGAAAAUCCUACUGUCCCCAGCCACCAUACGUUUUCAUGGGGAUGAUGUGAGGUGUAAUGAAACACCUGGGUUGGCUCAUAGCUCUCACACCCCUUAUAGAGACACGCUGUGCACCCAACUUGUAGAUCUGAAAAUGGUAUUGACAUUUAAUUUCCAUCAAGUAGCACGGCCUCCUUAAUUCUAGUGGCUUAAGUGUUCUUUUUGGGAAAUGCAGUGCUUAAUGCUUAGUAAUUAACCUUAAAUCAUGUAGAAAAAUGCAGAUGAUAUUUACUAACUAAUUUUAUUUAUUAAGCAGUGAAUUUGUUCAGGGGAACAAAAGUGUACGUCAGGAGAACGUUAACACGUUAGAUCAUUUGUUCAGUCACCUUCACUGUUUUGCGAAUUAAAAACUCAAGAGGUGGGACAUUGAAGGGUUAAAAUCUCAUGGCUUUAUAUGCAGCAUAUAGACUGUGGGUUGUGCACUAUAUAUAUUUUUAUAAUCUGUUUUGAAAUAGUUUAGAUUAUAUUUUUAAUUUCUGUUGUAUCCUGUCUCUCUUGGCACAGACAGGAUAGAAUGUAAAUUAAUUUAACCCCCAUAAUGCUGGGCGUACAGGGGUCACAAGAACGCAAGCUUGGCACUUUGUAAAGAACACCUGUACUCAUAUUGCAUUUCUCAAGAGAUGCUCAAAGUUCCAUGAGCAUUGAGAAAAGAGGUCAUCCUGCUCCUUUGUUCAUCCUGAUAAAGUGUUUAUUGGGGCUUAGAACAGGUCCACCUUAAAUUUGCAAAUGUCCCUUUUUCCGCUUUUCACCUCAUUGAUGAGAGACCCUAUUCUCGAUGCACGUCGCACUACUGUAUAUUAUAUUUCAUUGUCUCGCCAAGCACAGCCUGAUUGCUGUGGCUAUUUACACACACAUUAUUAGAAUGUUGGAGAACCUUUUUCUGAAUAGCUUCCCAACCAAAAUGACUCAUUUUUCAGUGUAAUAUUAUUGGAAUUAUCCAGUUCUUCCUGACCUUGAGUUAAUCAAGAUUCUUUAUAUAUUUAUGUGUAUAUAAGUGGUGAAAGUAAAUGGAUUCAUUCUAUUUAAGGCUGGAAAAAGAUUCAA